UUCCCACUAGAACUUUUCCUCCUUUAAUUUGGAUAGCUUCUUUGAUUCUGCUUUUUGCAACUGUUUGCCGACCACUUUCUUCAUUCUCCCCCCUAUAAAUUUUUUGAUGGGCUGCAUGGUUUUCCUAUAGAACCCACCAAGUUCUAGAGCUUUCUCUGCAAAUCUAUCUUCUCUAACUUUCUUUGUAAGUUUCUUCUAGCUACUUGAGUGAAUAUUUUGUUUGAGCUUACCACUUGGCUUGAAAUUGUCCAUGUAUGCUUGUUUAGGUUACCUGAUCUUCUAUUGAAAGUUUUUGGAAGGUUCAAAAGUUUUGAGUGAUUAGAGUUGUAACUUUUUCUUUGUUUAUCUUCCUUCCAAGCUCUCCUUUAACCAUCUGCCAUGGCACCUCCUAAUGAUUCAGCAAACUUAACCUCUUCAGUUCUGAAAUCUGAGAGUUUGGAAAAUUUGAUUGAUUUUUCCAAUGGGAAGAUCAGUGUCAAAGGUGUUCCUCUACUCUCGGAGGUCCCGAGCAAUGUCUUUUUCAGUCCCUUCUCUUCCAUAUGCCAACCCUCCGAUGCUCCACUUCCAUUGCUCCAAAGAGUGAAUGGACUAUCCCAUAAGGGAGGAUUUCUUGGUUUCGACCAAACGCGGCCUGCUGAUAGGCUCACAAAUUCUUUGGGAAAAUUCAAGGGUAGGGAGUUUGUGAGUGUCUUCAGGUUCAAAACAUGGUGGUCCACCAUGUGGAUUGGGAAUUCUGGGUCAGAUUUACAAAUGGAAACUCAAUGGGUCAUCUUAAAUGUCCCUGAAAUAAAGUCAUAUGUCGUUUUCAUACCCAUCAUAGAAGGCAGUUUCAGGUCUGCCCUUCAUCCUGGGACUGACGGGCAGGUUCUGAUUUGUGCUGAAAGUGGCUCAACUCAUGUGAAAGUAUCGAGUUUUGAUGCCAUCGCCUACGUUCAUGUGUCUGAUAACCCAUACAAGUUAAUGAAAGAGGCCUAUGCUGCCAUUAGAGUCCAUUUGAAUACUUUUAGACUCUUGGAAGAGAAGCCUGUCACACAUUUGGUGGACAAAUUCGGUUGGUGCACUUGGGAUGCUUUCUACUUAACAGUAGACCCUAUUGGAAUUUGGAAUGGUGUUAAUGAUUUUGCUGAAGGCGGCAUCUCACCGAGGUUUCUCAUCAUUGACGAUGGGUGGCAAAGCAUCAAUAUGGAUGAUGAAGACCCAAAUCGAGAUGGUAAAAAUCUUAUUCUGGGUGGGACUCAAAUGACUUCUAGGCUCUACAGAUUUGAAGAGUGUGAAAAGUUCAGAAAGUACAAAGGAGGGUCUUUGUUGGGUCCAAAUGCUCCAUCUUUUGAUCCAAAGAAGCCGAAGUUGCUUAUCGCGAAGGCGAUCGAACUGGAGCAUGCUGAGAGAGAUAGAGACGAGGCUAUUGCAUCUGGAGUCAAUGAUACGUCUAAGUUUGAAAUAAAAAUUCAGAAGCUAAAGGAAGAAGUGGAUGAGAUUUUUGGGAAAGAAGAUGAAGAAAGUGGUGCGGUAACCAAAGGUUGUUCAAGUUGUUCUUGCAAGGCUGAUAACUCCGGAAUGAAGGCUUUCACAAGGGACUUGAAGACUAAAUUCAAAGGUUUGGAUGAUAUAUUUGUUUGGCAUGCUCUUGCUGGUGCUUGGGGUGGUGUAAGGCCAGGCGCUACCCAUCUGAGUUCCAAGAUAGUUCCCUGCAAGCUUUCCCCCGGGCUCGACGGCACGAUGACCGAUCUUGCUGUCGUGAAGAUCGUUGAAGGUAGCAUUGGACUUGUUCAUCCUAAUCAAGCCGAUGAUUUCUUUGAUUCCAUGCAUUCCUAUCUUUCUAAAGUAGGGAUUACAGGAGUGAAAGUUGAUGUGAUGCACACUCUAGAGUACGUCUCAGAGGAAUAUGGAGGAAGAGUUGAUCUUGCAAAAGCCUAUUACAAGGGUCUGACCAACUCUCUUCUCAAGAACUUCAAAGGGACUGGUCUUUUCUCUAGUAUGCAACAAUGCAAUGAUUUCUUCUUCCUUGGCACAAAGCAAAACUCCAUAGGAAGAGUUGGUGAUGAUUUUUGGUUCCAAGAUCCAAAUGGUGACCCCAUGGGUGUUUACUGGUUACAAGGUGUUCAUAUGAUCCACUGUGCAUACAACAGCAUGUGGAUGGGACAGAUCAUCCAGCCUGAUUGGGACAUGUUCCAAUCAGACCAUUUAUGUGCCAAGUUCCAUGCAGGAUCAAGAGCCAUUUGUGGGGGUCCUGUGUAUGUGAGUGACUCAGUGGGUGGCCAUAAUUUUGAUCUCAUAAAGCAGCUUGUGUAUCCAGAUGGAACUAUUCCUAGGUGCCAACAUUUUGCCCUCCCCACUAGAGACUGCCUCUUCAAAAAUUCUCUAUUUGACGGCAAGACUGUUCUCAAGAUUUGGAACCUUAACAAGUAUGGAGGAGUAAUUGGAGCUUUCAACUGCCAAGGAGCUGGCUGGGACCCUAAAGAGCAAAGGAUCAAAGGGCAUCCAGAAUGCUACAAGCCAACGUCUACCACAGUACAUGUCAGUGAUGUGGAAUGGGACCAGAAACAAGAAGCAGCCCCAAUGGGGAAUUUCGUCGAAUACAUUGUGUACCUGAACCAAGCCGAGCAGAUUCUCCACACGACCCCAAAAUCCGAGCCGCUAAAAGUGACCCUUCAACCAUCCACGUUCGAGCUCUUCAGCUUCAUACCCCUCCGAAAGCUUGGCUCCAGCAUCAAAUUCGCCCCCAUCGGCCUCACGAACAUGUUCAACAGCUCAGGCACAAUCCAGCACUUGAAGUACAACGAAAAAGGAGUGGAGCUGAAGGUGAAAGGAGGAGGAAGCUUCUUGGCUUACUCGAAUGCAUCGCCGAAGAAAUGCGUUUCGAACGGAAUGGAGGUGGAAUUCGAAUGGGACUCCGAUGGAAAGCUAGGGUUUGAUCUUCCAUGGAAUGGAGAAGCCGGCGGAGUUUCUAAUUUGGAUAUUUUCUUCUGAAAAUUUUAUUUAAAUGUUAUUUUAAUUUAUCAUGCUUUUUGUCGUCUUGUGUAAGUGACAUGUGCUAGAGCAUAGCCAUGUCAAUUAAAAUAAAAGGCUUUUAUUAUUAUUGUAUUUUGAA